ACAGAAACCAAAGACAAAACUUCUUGCUCCAGGUGAUUUCCAGAUAAUGGCGAAGAUGGUGAGAAGAACAUGUGCAUUUUGUUCGGAGGGGGAGGCUGGCUCUAUAAUGUACAUUGCCACGGAGCAAAAUAUUGCAGUUCAUCAGGAUUGUUUGCUAUUUUCCUCAGGAUUUGUGGAAUCUGAAGAAUAUAACCCAGAUAAUUUAGAUUUAAGAUUUGAUGUGGCAUCAGUGUUGAAUGAACUGCGAAGAGGAAAGCGGCUGAUGUGCAACUUCUGUCGCAAGAAAGGAGCCACUGUGGGGUGUGAGGAAAAAGCCUGUCGCAGGAGUUACCACUAUUUCUGUGCACGGUGCGACGAUGCAGCCAUAGAAACAGAUGAAGUGAAUGGAGUUUACCGAGUGUUCUGCCCAAAACAUGACCCAGGCAAUAGGACCAAUCACUAUGAUGCAGCCAGCAAGAGGAAAAGGCGCGCCAUGAAAUCCCCCGCCAUCAAGGAACACGUGAGCACAGAAGACACAGAAGAAGAAGACGGCUUACGGAUACUAAAAAGGAAAAACAGGCAAAAAGUACGAAUAGACUUUCUUAGGAAGUGCAAACAGGCGGGGCUUUUGGAUGAGAUCUUUGAGGAGAUGCUGGACACGCUUCACCUGGCUCAGGAAAAGCUGAUGGAUGACAACACUUCGGAGACGGAGUAUGAAGAGACAGUGAUGUCGCUGUUUGACUGCGGGCUGUUUGAAAACAUACUGACAAAUAUUCAUUCAGGGACAGAAGGAAAAAUCCAGGAACUUCUGGAAACUAGGAAGAAACUGGAUAACCAGAUUGAGCUACUGCAAGACAUAAGAGACGUGACCAUGCCCAACCAGGAGACUGCUGCUAGCACAUCCAGUACAGUGUCAGAUUAA